AUGAGUGACGUGAAUCGGCGGAGACGAGCGGCGGCGGCGGCGGAGGAGGAGCUGCGAGAGAUUGAAGUGCUAAUCUACUCCGCGGAGGAUCUGAAGAACGUGAAGCACGUGACGAAGAUGAGGACGUUCGCGGAGGUCUACGUGGAGCGGAGCGUCCACGUGGCGAGAACACGCGUGGACGAGCACGGCGGCGCCGCCCCCGUCUGGAACGAGGUGGUGAAGGUCAGAUUCCGCAGGGGGCUGCCGGAGAGAGACGUGAUGGCGGCGCUGAACGUGGACGUGUACGCGCACUCCCACCUGGGGCUGGAGAGGGCGGUGGGGAGCGCCAGGGUGCUGCUCUGCGACGCCCUCAGCGGCGGCGACGCCGCGGACCCGCUCGACAACCCCAUCCAGUGCUUGACGCUGCGGGUUUGGCGGGAAUCCGGUAGGCCGCAGGGGUGGCUGAAUCUCUGGGUGCCGCCCACGGGGAGGUUCUUGAGCCGCCGGGAGUCGCUGUCGUUUAGUGUGAGGGAGAGAGCGGCGGCGGCGGCGGAGGAGGCGGAGGAGGAGGAGAAACGUGUGGGAGAUGAUUAG